AUGGCUCAGAAAGUUAAAGUGGAACCUCACCACGUUUUUGGUUUGCGUCAGGAAGCGAGAAACAACCUGCUUUUUUCAGAUGAGCAAACCAUCAUUUUCCCAAGUGGAAACAAUUGUGUGCGCUACAACGUCCAUCAGCGAUGGACCAAGUUCAUUCCAGGUGCGAUGCCAUACCAGCAGGGGCCACAGGGCAUACAGGCGCUGGCUAUUAGCCCCGAUCGGCGCUACCUGGCUGUGUCGGAGUGCGGAGAACAGGGUACCAUCACCGUCUAUGACCUACAGAGCGAGCAGUGCUCCAAGAAGCAGGUACUGACAGGCGGCAGCAUCGGCGUCCGUGAGUUCAUCUGCAUGGCUUUUUCUGCUGACUCCAAGUACCUGCUCGGCCAGUCUGGAGGACCCGAAUGGACCCUCUUCUACUGGAAGUGGGAGAAGAAUGAGGUCAUUGCCACGGUGAAGACCACAAAGAUUGGCUUUGUCAGUCAGGUCAGCUUUAAUCCGAAGGACAACAGACAGAUAUGUGUGAGCGGAAAUUACGUCUUCAAGCUUUUCAAAUUGGAGAAAAAAUUCCUGAAUCAGACCAGCUCAUUUAAGAUGGACCUAGAAAACUUCAUGUCCCAUGCAUGGAUCUCUGAAGACUGCAUCGUCACAGGGACAGAAACAGGAAAACUGCUAAUAUUGAAGGCUGGACGCUGGCACAAACUGAGGAGGCCUUCUGAAAGGUAGCAAUAGAGAGAGAUGCAGAGAACCUCUCCAACAUCUUCAUCUGCACUGCCACGUAUUACUGCAGUCAUGCAGUACUCUAAAGGCUUUGCCUGUGCAUCCGGGCCGGGGCUAGUUUGUCUUUAUGAGAAAACAGGGGAGUACAGCUACAAGAAGACCAUGGAAAUAAGAAUUCCUCAGGACCCGUGCAGCAUUCAGCCAAGUAAGUCGGAGCAGCAGGAGAUCACAACAAUGUGCCUGAGUCCAUCAGAGGAGACGCUGGCCAUAAGCACACGCCAAGGCCAAAUCUACCACGUCAGCCUCGCCUCGACCGAGAUUAGCCAGAGUCAGCAGGCCAGCUUCAAGUUCCUGUUUCACUCUGUUCACUCGGGGAGCAUCACCGGUCUGUCCACCUGCUCAUCCAAACCCCUCUUCGCCACCUGCUCAAAGGACAAAUCUGUGCGCAUCUGGAACUACAAGACCAAUUCUCUGGAGCUGCAUAAGGAGUUCCCUGAAGAGCCGAGGUGCAUCUCAUUGCACCCAAAUGGCCUCUCCGUCCUGGUGGGCUUCUCUGAUAAAGUCUGCCUCAUGAAUCUGUUGGUUGAUGAAUUCCGCACUGUUCAGGAGCUCGACAUACGCAACUGCAAUGAGUGUGUGUUCAACCAUGAUGGCAACGUGUUCGCUGCUGUCAGAGACAACCUGAUAAACAUCUGCAACAUCAGAACAGGAGAAAAAAUGGACCUGAAUGACCACAUUAACAAGGUGCAGUCGGUGAAGUGGAGCGAAGAUGACCGUCGUCUGGUGUCAUGUGGGACGGACGGCACCGUAUACGAGUGGAACGCUCUGACCGGCGCCUGUGAGUCUUCUAAGAGCGUGGAGAAAUCAUGUACCUACACGGAUGCGAUGUUCUUGCCCAGCACUGGGAGUGUGCUCGCUUUAGGCAACGAUUUCACACUCAAUGAGUUCCAAGAUGGACAGAUCCUAAGGGAACUGGCUUCAGAUGACAUGGCCUACACAGCCAUCUCCAUGACUCAUUCCAGCCAAGCAGUCUUUGUUGGAACUGCUGUUGGCACUGUCAGAGUCAUGCAGUACCCGUUAGAAGAGGAGAUAUCCUGGACAGAGUAUCAGGGGCAUUCUGGUCCCAUCACCAAAAUGGUCAUCACACCUGGUGAUCAGUAUCUGCUGACUGCCUCAGAGGACGGCACCCUCCUCAUCUGGAUGAUCACUGGCCAGGAGGGACGAAUGCUGGAGAUGGUAAAACAAAUAGAUUACACUGAGGAGGUCCUCUGUACCAAGGCUUUUCUGAAGAAAAAGGACCAGACUAUACUAGAGGCUUACGCCCAGAUGGAGUUGCUGAAGGAAGAGCAGGAGUGCACGCUAAAUCAGAAUCACACGGACUAUGAGAAGAAGAUUAACAAAGUCAGGCAGGAUUUCCUCCAGCAGAUAGAAGCUCUGAAAGGCGAAAUCCAGAUGCUGAAUACUGAGAAGGAGGAACAGAAGGUCUCUCAGGAGAAGGCACUGACUGAGAUCAUGGAAAAACAUGCCAAAGAGCUGAAGGAUCAGCAACAUAACCACGAAGACGAGAUGUUUAAAGCGUUCAAGAAACACGAUGAGUUGGAGCAGAGAAUGCAGGCCAUGCAGCAGCACUACGAGGAGAAACUGCGUGAGCACGAGGACAACCGUUUCCGUACCACAAUGGACAUGAAACGGGCCUAUGAUGAGAGGCUGCAGGGGCAACAGGACAAGUUGCAGCAGUCUGAGGAGCAGCUGAAGGAAUUGAAGGAGAAACUUGACUCUGAGUUCAAAGAUGUCUUCCUCCAAUACGAUCAGGAGCUCCAGGCAGAGAAGGAGACCAGCAUGAAGCUAGAAUAUGAAAAUGAUAAGCAGAUGAUGGUGCUCUGGAAAAUAAAAGGAGAGAUACAGGACCAGUGCCUUGGGAUCAGUCAGCUCGAGGUUAAGGUACAGGAGAUGAACAACAAGUACAAGCAGACCAAUGAAGACCUGAAGCAGAAGCUGAAAAUACAGGAACAAGAGCUGUGCACAGAGAGGAAGAGGGUCAGAAACUUGAAGAUUCUGGUGCAGAGGAUGAAGGCUGACAUCCAAAACUGCUCAAGCUUCAUCUGUCAGCCGUACCUGCUGAGGGAAAACUUCAUCAAACUCCACAAAUCCUACAUCCAUGAAGCAGAUGUGAGAUUCAGAGCGAAGGCUGGGGUCAUGCAAGAACACACCAGGCAAAUGGAGCACCAAAUUCAGCAAGCAGCUCACUCCAAUAUCCUGAAGCAACAAGCCGAGGUGCUGCCGGAGGUGAAGAAGUCUGAGGAGAUGCAGAAGGUGAUGAAGGAGAAUGAUGAGGCUGAGCUCAGUGAAACCUGCCUCAAAUACAAACAGGAGCUUCAGGUGGAAAAGGAGACCAACAGCAACCUUAAAUAUGAAAUGAAGCUCUUGGAGAAGCAGUUCUGGAAAAUAAAAGGAGAGAUACAGGACCAGAGCCUCGAGAUCAGCAUGUUAAAGGAGGAAGUGCAGAGACUGCACGACCAACAUAGGAAAGCGAAGAAAGGCAAAGAUCUGACGCAGAAAAAGGAAGUGCAGGGCCUGCAGGACCAACGUAAGAAAGUGAAGAAAGUCAAGAAUCUGAUGAAGGAGAAGGAGGACCAAAGCAAGACCAUCCAUGACCAGGAAAUCCACCUCCAAGACAUAGUUGAAAUGCAUGAGAAGAGCAAAAAACAGAAUGAGGAAGAUUUGAUCAGCAUCAACAAACAACUAGAUGAACUGAUUCAAGAACGAAAAAGACCGAUGAGACAAACAGAUGAAACCGAAAUCGAGCAACUGCAGACUAGGAUACAAGAGAAAAAACAGAUCUUCGAAAAGCUCGAGGCUGAGGUGGAGGAGAUCGACAUCAAGAACAAGGAGACCGUGUAUGACCUGAAGCAGAAGCUGAAAAUGAUGGAAGAAGAGCUGUGUACAGAGAGGCAUAGGGUCAGAAACAUGAAAACUUUGGUGGAAAAGAUGAAAGCCGACAUCCAAAACUGCUCAAGUUUCAUCCAGCAGCCGAAGAUGCUGAAGGAGAACUUCAUCAAACUCCACAAAAGCUACAUCCAGGAAGCAGAUGUGAGAGUCGGAGUGAAGGCUGGGGUUGUGCAAGAGCAAACCAGGAAGAAGGAGCACCUGCAGAGGAAUCAGAAGAAAAAAAGCCAGGCUACGGAGGCCAAAAUUCAGCAAGCAGAUUGCUCCAAGAUCCUGAAGGGGAAUACCACGCCGGCUGAAGAGCUCAGCCAGGAGAGAGCAAAGAACCACCAAUACAGGACAAAGAUCAUCCUCACUAAGAAGAAUGUCCCAUAUGUCAGCUCAGCAUCCUCAAGGGAUUCACAGCUGAAAUCUGUAAGAUCGCCCAUGACCCUGCCGCAGCUGCCGUACACAAGAACCCAGAGGCUAAAGAUAGAUAUCCAGGAUAUGGAACAAGGCCAAGCUGCACGUCAGAGUUCAUUAGGAAGUUUGAAACUUCCACCCAUUAACAACGCUAAGAACACCAGAUAAUCGCCAGGGAGGUGUCGAAUACUUGGAUGUAGGAUAUAGUGUGUGGACGUGUGCAUGCCGAGACCUGAAAGCCACUUCUUUUCUGGAAU